GACUACUCCGCGCCAACUAAACGACAGUCAUCACUAUCCAUCCAUCACUACUUCUCUUCAAUUUGUUUCCCUAAACCCUUCAGAAAUUAGGGUUCCUCGUUGGUUAUGAAAAGAUGAAUUUGAUUUCCAAAUCCUUGACGAGAAUCGAAUGCUCUCCGCUUUUCCAUCCCCAAAUCCCAUCCGGAAAUCGAAUCACCCCUCAGCGAAUCCGUUUCCACACCGCCGCCGCCGCUGUCUCCGGGAGUGGCGGAAAGAAACAAAGAGCCAAGGCGCCUCCGGAGAUUGUGACGGCGAAGAAGGAGAAGAAAUCGGGUCGGCCAAAUGAGAUAGCUUACGAGAAGGAAGCAGCGAAUUGGGUGAACCUGAUUGGGUUUGUGGAUCAGCCAGUUCAGUUCGAAGCUUCUUCCGACGGAAAGUUCUGGGCAGGCACUGUUAUCUCCCAGAGGUCUUCUUCAGAUUCCUCUGCUUUCUGGAUUCCGAUAAUAUUCGAAGGUGAUUUAGCGAAAACAGCAGAUCGAUAUAUAAGUAAAGACGAUCUUAUUCAUGUUUCUGGCAAGCUUUUUAUUGAUUCCCCUCCUCCAAAUAUGACUUAUGCUCAAUCCAAUGUCCAGGUAUUGGUACAGAAUCUUAGCUUUGUGCAGCCUGCUUCUCCGCCUUUGGUUAUAUCAUCAUCAUCUAAAAAGGAAGAAAAUGGCGUUAGGAAGCGGCCUGCUUCACCGCCUGUGGUUGUAGCAGCGUCUGAAAGUGGCAUUAAGAAACAGCCUGGUAUAUCUCUUAUCAACUCUUAUUCAGUGUCAUGGUUGAGAAUCCUGAUAAAUGGUGGGACAAUAGAAUUGACAAGAGAAACGCAAAAGCUCCUGAUUUCAAACACAAGGAGACAGGUGAAGCACUUUGGCUAAAUGAGUCUCCUACUUGGGUGUUAUCAAAACUGCCACCAGUCAAGAAGAGACAAGAAAUCACCGUCUCGUAGCCUUAUUAGAAUCGUUAUCGCCUUGUAAAGAGCUCCAAGUGUUUACAGAAUUAAUCAUUUUUCAAUCUCUAAGUUAACGCAUCAGAGUUGCUAUGAA